CGCAUCAUAGUCUCGCGUGAUUCCUGUUCCCAACAUCCAACCUGUGGAUUGAAGGAAAAAAAAAAGUCGUCUGGGAAAACUGAUUUUAGCAGGAAGCAAAACGCUAACGCACGUAGUAUUAGUAAAAGUUGUUUCAAGCCAUUUUAUUCUGCUUUUGUUUCAACAAGUAGUGGAACUAUCUCCUCCUUGGACAUAUUUUAUCAUGGGGAGUUCUCAAAACUUAGAGAUUUUGUGCAGCGGCUUUUGGUCGUUUAUCUCGGCUUAGCUGGAAGAGCGGUUACCUUAGCAUUUAGCACCGACACAAAGCCCAGCCUCCUCUGUGCUACGGACGGCAGAAGUUUCUAACUUUACUCGCUGGUAGCAGCUUCACCCACACUGUCAGCUGGAACUGUCAAUUAACUGGUUUGUUUGAUAUCGACGCCCGCAAAAUGUCUAUUCUAGGGUUAAAGAAGAAACAACCCAAAACUUUCAAAGUCAAAGUUAUCACCAUGGACGCUGAAGUCGAGUUUAGCUGCGAGGUGAAGUGGAAAGGGAAAGACCUCUUUGACCUGGUUUGUCGCACUGUUGGUUUAAGGGAGACUUGGUUCUUUGGACUCAGAUAUACAGUAAAAGACACCUAUGCCUGGCUGAAGCCAGAGAAACGGGUUUUGGACCAGGAGGUUCCCAGGGACCCUCCCAUAACGUUUCAUUUCCUGGCAAAGUUCUUCCCAGAAAAGGUAGAAGAAGAAUUGGUCCAAGAAAUUACUCAGCAUCUUUUCUUCUUACAGGUGAAAAAGCAGAUAUUGGAUGAAGAGAUUUUCUGUUCCCCUGAAGCCUCUGUUCUCCUUGCAUCAUAUGCUGUUCAAGCAAAGUAUGGGGAUUAUGACCCAAAUUUUCACAAGCCAGGCUUCUUGGCACAAGAUGAGCUUCUGCCUAAAAGAGUACUCAUGCAGUACCAAAUGACAGCAGAUAUGUGGGAGGAGAAGAUCACAGCUUGGUAUGCAGAGCACAGAGGCAUCGCCAGGGAUGAAGCUGAGAUGGAAUACCUGAAGAUUGCCCAGGACCUUGAAAUGUAUGGCGUGAGCUACUUUGCUAUUACUCAAAAUAAAAGGGACACAGACCUUUUACUUGGAGUUGAUGCUCAAGGUCUUCAUAUCUACAGCCCCAACAGCAAACUCAACCCUAACAAGUCCUUUCCUUGGAGUGGCAUCCGCAACAUUUCCUACAGUGAGAAAGAGUUCACAAUCAAACCUCUGGACAAGAAGAAAGAUGUUUUCAAGUUCUACUCCUCUCAGCUGCGUGUCAAUAAACUGAUCCUGCAGUUAUGCAUUGGUAAUCAUGAUCUUUUCAUGAGGAGGAGGAAGGUGGACUCCAUUGAAGUGCAGCAGAUGAAGGCUCAGGCUAAAGAGGAGAAGGCUCGGAAGAAGAUGGAGCGUCAAAUCCUGGCACGGGAGAAACAGAUGAGGGAGGAAGCUGAACGAGCAAAAGAGGAGAUGGAGCGAAGACUUUUUCAAUUGCAGGAUGAAGCACGGCUAGCCAAUGAGGCACUGCUGCGAUCUGAGGAGACUGCAGACCUGCUGGCAGAAAAGGCCCAGAUUGCUGAGGAGGAGGCUAAACUGUUGGCCCACAAGGCCGCAGAGGCUGAGCAGGAGAGGCAGAGGUUAGAGGUCACUGCUAUGAAGACCAAGGAGGAAAAAAGGCUGAUGGAGCAGAAGAUGAGGGAGGCAGAGCAGCUGGCUGUCAAACUGGUGGAGCAGUCUGAAAGGAGGUUAAAGGAGGCAGAUCACUUAAAACAAGACCUGACUGAGGCAAAGGAUGCUGAGCGCAGAGCCAAACAGAAACUACUGGAGAUCACCAAGACAACAUACCCACUGAUUGCUGCCUACUCAUCUCCCCCUGCUCCUCCUGAAGCAGCAGACUUCGCCUAUGAAUCAGCAUCUGUACGCCUCGACUUCAAGGACUCUGACAUGAAGCGGCUGUCUAUGGAGAUUGAGAGAGAGAGGCUGGAGUACAUGGAAAAGAGUAAACAUCUGCAGGACCAGCUGAAGGAGCUGAAGUCUGAGAUAGAGUCUCUGAAGCUGGAGGAGCAGCAACAACAGGCCGGUCUUUACAGCCUCCAGAGUGAGGCCAGAGGUUAUGUUCAGGACCCGCUGUACCUACCUCACAGCAAUCGGAACUCUGCGUACAUGUCCCAGAUGGCCUUUUUUGAAGAAGUGUGAUCCCAGUCGUACAAACUGAGGAAGGAUAACGCGCCAUGAUGUUACAUAUUGUUUGACAAGAUGUCUCGGAAUGCUUUUGUUGUUUUUGCCUGUCGAAUACAGCCACACACACACACACACACAGUCCCCACUGCCGUGUGCUUCACAGAGACACUGCAUCCAUUCACAACAAAUGGACUUGCCCACCUUCCAUAAGGUACUUUUUUUUUUUUAAACAAAUGUCCAGGUUAUUGUGUGUCGAACACUGAUUUAGUAUCUGGUGGUGAAGAUUGAUCUUUUGAUUCAAGAGUUUUAUGGUGAUAAGGGACAUUUACCUGUGAUCCACCUUGUGCAUUUUUACGAAUGCCUGAAUGACAUCAUAGUGCCUUAAUUUUCUUGGACCCCACUCAUUUAAAUCUCUCUCUCUCUCUCUCUCUCUCUCUCUCUCUCUCUCUCUCUCUCUCUCAUAUCCCUGAAGCCAUUAAAGUGUGAGUCAUUGAUAGUGAUGCAUUAAAAUGAUCAUUUUGAAAGCUGCCAUUAACGUUAACCAUGCACAGUAAAUAACCUUUAUUAAAAA